AUGACAGUCGAAUCAGAGGUAGAAUUUAUUAGCGUUGGUGCAAAUUGCCUCGGUGAUUGUUUAGUAUGGGGUCAAAAUGGACUUGCUGCAUAUGGUGCACAAAAUUUUGUUGCAUUAUUUGACCCAAUUCAAUCAAAAGUUUUAGCAACUCUUCCAGGACAUAAAGAUAGAGUUAAUCAUAUUGUUUGGGUACCAAAUGUCACCGAAGAAUAUUCAAAAAGAUAUUUAGCAAAAGAAAAUGAAAUUUUAUCAUGUUCAUCAGAUAAUACAAUUAUAUCAUGGAGAGAAAUUAAAGGUGGUAGCAAACAUCAAUAUAAAGUUGAACAAGUAUUAAAGGGUCAUAGCGAUAGUGUAACAAGUAUUUCAGUAUUAGAUUUUCCAGAUGGUUCAUUAUUAUUAUGCUCAACAUCAGCAGAUAACACUGUUAAGAUUUGGAAAAGAGAAGCUAUUAGUAAAGAAAAUUUAGAGAACAAUACAUUACCACAAUGGAGUUGUAUUCAAACUAUUGAUUUUAAACCAAAAUGUAUGGAGUGUUGCAGUAUUGCAUUCAUCCCAGAUACCCAUAUUCCAAUUAUUGCAUUGGGUGGUCUUGAGCCAAGAAUUCACAUCUUCAUUCAAAAUACUGAUAGCAAUAUAUCACAAGAGCAACCAUUACAAUUUAAAAAGUUAAUGUCAUUACAAGGUCAUCAAGAUUGGAUAAGAUGCUUAUCAUUUACAACAUCAUUUAAUACAGAGGAAAAUGAAAACGAACUUAUUUUAGCUUCGUCAUCACAAGAUUUCAAGAUUAGACUUUGGAAACUUUCUAAAUUUACUCAAAAGAAACAAGAAGAAAGAGAAAAAGAGGAUUCUACCAAUUUAUUAGGUUCAUUAUCAACUCAAUUAAGUGGUGUAACAUCAUUAAGUACCAAAGGUUAUCUUUUCAAUUGCAAUUCAAAUAAAUAUAUUAUACUCUUAGAUGCAGUUUUAUCUGGUCACGACGAUUGGGUUUACUCUAUUCAUUGGUCACCAGCUACAUUCAACAAACAACUCGAUAAAAAAGAACAACCAAUGUGUUUACUUUCAGCAUCUAUGGAUAAGACAGCUAUUGUUUGGAGACCAGAUCGUAGUACCGGUAUUUGGAUCGAUGAAAGCAGAGUUGGUGAUAUGGGUGGUAAUAUUUUAGGUCUAUAUGGUGCAGUUUUCUCACCGGAUUCAAAAUACAUUCUUUCACAUGGUUAUAAUGGUGCAUUCCAUUUUUGGAAACAAAGCGAAACAUCUAAAACUCUUUGGGAACCUCAAAUUGUUGUUAGUGGUCAUUUUGGUCCAGUUCAAGAUUUAAUGUGGUCACCAGAUUACAGUUAUAUGAUUUCAUGUAGUACCGAUCGUACAUUACGUCUUUUUAGCGAAUGGAAAAAAGGAGGCGAAAACAACAACCAAGUUAAUUCAUGGAAUGAAAUCGCAAGACCUCAAAUUCAUGGUUACGAUUUAGAAUGUUUUACUUUUGUUUACAAGAAAUCCCAUGUUUUAGUUUCUGGUGCCGAGGAAAAAAUUAUGAGAGCAUUUGUAGGUUCACAAAAUUUCGUCGAUACUCUUUGUAAUAUUUCUAAAGUUCAACCAAUUAAUGAUGGCACUCAAAGACCAUUAGCAGCCAAUCAACCUUCAUUAGGUUUAUCAAAUAAACCAUACGGUGGUAGUAGCAGUGGUAAUGAUACAUCAGCUACAGAGGAAGAUCAACCAAUGAAGAUCGCAGGUGGUGGUGAAGAGGGUGAAGGUAUGGAUACAGGUUAUUUUGAAGACGAAAUUCCAUUUAAUCCAGAGGUUUUAAGCCAACCACCAUUUGAAGAACAUCUUUUACAAUCAAGUCUUUGGCCAGAAAUUCAAAAACUUUAUGGUCAUGGUAACGAAAUCAUUUCAGUUGCUUGUAGUUAUGAUGGUCAAUAUUUAGCAUCAGCAUGUAGAGCAUCAGCACCAGAUCAAGCUACAGUUCGUAUUUGGAACAUAUCAAAUUGGAAAGAGGUUGCCAAUCUCAAGGGUCAUACUCUUACUAUUGUAAAUUUAGCAUUUUCACACGACAGUAAAUAUUUAUUAGGUGUCAGUAGAGAUCGUAUGUGGACACUUUGGAAACGUACCGAUAAUCCAGAAGAACCAUUUAUUAAAGUUAUCUCUGCACCAAAAGCUCAUGGUCGUAUCAUUUGGUCAGGUUCAUGGAGUCACGACGAUAAAUAUUUCGCUACAGGUGCUCGUGAUAAAGUUGUUAAAAUUUGGUCAUUAGAAAACAUCACAACUAAAUCUGCUUUAGCUGCAACUCUUCCAACAUUUGGUUCAGGUGUAACUUGUGUAGAAUUUGCACCAAAAUCAAAUAAAUUUGAAAAUGAGCACUUAAUAGCUGUAGGUGAAGACGAAGGUAAAAUUACAAUUUGGAAAUCAAAUAACAAUUGCUCAGAAUGGUCAUGCAUUCAUACAAUCUCAUCUGAAGUUUCCCAUACCUUAGAUGUUAGAAAAAUUCGUUGGAGAGAUACCCCAAUCAUUGGUCAAGACAAUUCAAUUACUUAUCAAAUUGCUACAUGUUCACUUGAUAAUUCAGUUCGUAUUUUUAAUUUAAAAUUUAAUUAA